AUGGCCUCCGCCAACGGUUCCAACGGGCAAGUCAGCUCGAAGCACGACAUUCCCUCACAUUUCAUCGGUGGCAACCACCUCGACGCCGCGCCGCCGAGCAGCGUCAAGGACUUUGUGGCCAAGCACGAUGGUCACUCUGUCAUCAGCUCCGUUCUCAUUGCCAACAACGGUAUUGCCGCCGUAAAAGAAAUCCGUUCCGUACGAAAAUGGGCCUACGAAACAUUCGGCAACGAGCGUGCCAUCCAAUUCACAGUCAUGGCCACUCCCGAGGAUUUGCACGCCAACGCGGACUACAUUCGAAUGGCGGAUCAGUAUGUCGAGGUGCCCGGUGGUACGAAUAACAACAACUACGCCAACGUUGAGUUGAUUGUGGAUGUUGCGGAGCGAAUGGAUGUCCACGCCGUGUGGGCUGGAUGGGGUCACGCUUCGGAAAACCCUCGACUUCCCGAAUCCUUGGCUGCCUCGCCCAAGAAGAUCAUCUUCAUCGGUCCCCCCUCGUCUGCCAUGCGCUCGCUUGGUGACAAGAUCUCCUCGACAAUCGUUGCCCAGCACGCCGGCGUCCCCUGUAUUCCCUGGUCCGGAACGGGCGUCGACGACGUGGAGGUCGAUAAGCACGGUAUCGUCACCGUGAAGGACGAGAUCUACAACAAGGGUUGCACCUUCUCGCCCGAGGAGGGUCUGGUCAAGGCCAAGGAGAUUGGCUUCCCCGUCAUGAUCAAGGCCUCCGAAGGUGGUGGUGGUAAGGGUAUCCGUAAGGUCGACAAGGAAGAGGAGUUCAUCAGCCUGUACAAUGCCGCCGCCAACGAAAUCCCCGGUUCGCCCAUCUUCAUCAUGAAGCUCGCCGGUAACGCCCGUCACUUGGAAGUCCAGCUGCUGGCCGAUCAGUACGGCAACAACAUCUCCCUGUUCGGCAGAGAUUGCUCGGUCCAACGACGACACCAGAAGAUCAUCGAGGAGGCUCCCGUGACGAUCGCUAAGCCCCCCACCUUCCAAGCCAUGGAGAAGGCUGCCGUGAGCCUGGGUCGCCUGGUCGGUUACGUGUCUGCCGGUACCGUCGAGUACCUGUACUCGCACGCCGACGACAAGUUCUACUUCCUGGAACUGAACCCCCGUCUCCAGGUCGAGCAUCCCACCACCGAGAUGGUGUCGGGCGUCAACCUGCCCGCUGCCCAGCUCCAGAUUGCCAUGGGUAUCCCCCUGCACCGCAUCCGUGACAUUCGUCUCCUCUACGGCGUUGACCCCAACACUUCCUCCGACAUUGACUUCGACUUCUCCGACGAGGAGAGCUUCAAGGUCCAGCGUCGUCCCCAGCCCAAGGGUCACACGACCGCUUGCCGUAUCACCUCCGAAGAUCCCGGCGAGGGAUUCAAGCCCUCCAGCGGUACCAUGCACGAGCUGAACUUCCGUAGUUCGUCCAACGUCUGGGGUUACUUCUCCGUCGGUACGUCCGGAGGUAUCCACAACUUCUCGGACAGUCAAUUCGGUCACAUCUUCGCCUAUGGUGAGAACCGGUCCGCUUCCCGGAAGCACAUGGUUAUCGCUCUGAAGGAAUUGAGCAUCCGUGGUGAUUUCCGUACCACUAUCGAGUACUUGAUCAAGCUGCUGGAGACGCCCGCCUUCGAGGACAACACCAUCACGACCGGCUGGCUCGAUCAGCUGAUCUCCAACAAGCUGACCGCUGAGCGCCCCAACACCGUGGUUGCUGUUCUUUGCGGAGCUGUUACCAAGGCUCAUCAGGCCAGCGAGGCCGGUAUGGAGGAAUAUCGCAAGGGUCUCGAGAAGGGUCAGGUUCCUUCCAAGGACGUUCUGAAGACCGUCUUCCCCGUGGAUUUCAUCUACGAGGGCCAGCGAUACAAGUUCACCGCCACGCGGGCCUCUUUGGAUAGCUACCACCUGUUCAUCAACGGUUCCAAGUGCUCCGUGGGUGUCCGUGCCCUGGCUGACGGUGGUCUGCUCGUUCUCCUGAACGGCCGCAGUCACAACGUCUACUGGAAGGAGGAGGCGGCCGCCAUCCGUAUCAGUGUGGAUGGUAAGACGUGCUUGCUGGAGCAGGAGAACGACCCGACGCAGCUUCGCUCGCCCUCGCCCGGAAAGCUCGUCAAGUUCACGGUGGAAACUGGCGACCACGUUCGCGCCGGUCAGGCCUACGCCGAGGUCGAGGUCAUGAAGAUGUACAUGCCUCUGAUCGCGCAGGAAGAUGGUAUCGUCCAGUUGAUCAAGCAGCCUGGUGCUACGCUGGAGGCUGGUGAUAUCCUCGGUAUCCUGGCUCUGGAUGACCCGUCUCGUGUCAAGCACGCCCAGCCCUUCACUGGCCAGCUUCCCGACAUGGGUCCUCCCCAGGUUGUCGGUAACAAGCCCCCGCAGCGGUUCUUCCUUCUGCACAGCAUUCUCGAGAACAUCCUGCGCGGAUUUGACAACCAGGUCAUCAUGGGCUCCACGCUUAAGGAGCUCGUGGAGGUGCUUCGCAACCCGGAGCUGCCCUACGGCGAGUGGAACGCCCAGUCGUCUGCCUUGCACUCUCGCAUGCCCCAGAGACUGGACGCCCAGCUUCAGAACGUUGUCGACCGCGCCCGGUCUCGCAAGGCCGAGUUCCCCGCCAAGCAGUUGCAGAAGACUAUCUCGCGAUUCAUCGAGGAGAACGUCAACCCUGCCGACGGUGAAAUCCUGAAGACCACCCUGCUGCCCCUGCUGCAGGUGAUCAACAAGUACAUGGACGGCCUGAAGACCCACGAAUUUAACGUCUUCAUCGGUCUGCUGGAGCAGUACUACGAGGUGGAGAAACUGUUCGGUGCCCGCAACGCCCGUGACGAGGACGCUAUCCUCAAGUUGCGUGACGAGAACAAGGACGACAUCACCAGCGUCGUCCAGAAGGUUCUCUCUCACAGCCGUAUCGGUUCCAAGAACAACCUCAUCCUCGCCAUCUUGGCCAUGUACCGUCCGAACCAGCCCGGCGUCGGCAACGUCGGCAAGCACUUCAAGCCGGUCCUCAGUAAGCUGACGGAGCUCGAGUCCCGCUCCGCUGCCAAGGUCACCCUGAAGGCCCGUGAAGUGCUCAUCCAGUGCGCCCUUCCUUCUCUGGAGGAGCGUCUGUCCCAGAUGGAACUCAUCCUGCGCUCUUCCGUCGUCGAGUCCCAGUACGGCGAGACUGGUUGGGAUCACCGUGAGCCCGACUUCUCGGUCCUGAAGGAGGUCGUUGACUCCAAGUACACCGUCUUCGAUGUGCUGCCGCGCUUCUUCGUGCACCAGGACGCCUGGGUGACUCUGGCCGCCCUCGAAGUCUACGUUCGCCGUGCGUACCGCGCAUACACCCUGAAGAGCAUCCAGUACAGCGCUGCCGGCGAGCAGCCCUUGCUCUCGUGGGACUUCACUCUCGACAAGCUCGGCCAGCCCGAAUUCGGUCCCGUUUCGUCGACGCAGCCCUCGGCCCCCAGCACCCCGACCACCGAGGCCCACAACCCCCUGACGAGAAUCAACUCCAUCAGUGACAUGUCGUAUCUGGUCAACCCCGGCAGCGGUGAUAUCCGGAAGGGUGUCAUCUUGCCCAUCCAGUACCUGGAGGAUGCCGAGGAGUUCCUUCCCCGGGCUCUCGAGAUGUUCCCCCGCACUGGAAAGGCCAAGAAGCCCGCCGACGGCCUCAUCGCAGACCUGGCGAGCAGCCGUCGCCCGACGGUCCGCACCGAGGGUGACAGCGAGCUGACCGGUGUCCUCAACAUCGCCAUCCGUGACGUUGAGGAUAUGGACGACAACCAGAUCGUUGCCCAGAUCAACGGUCUUCUCGCCGAUGUCAAGGAGGAGCUGCUCGCCCGCCGCGUUCGUCGCGUGACGUUCAUCUGUGGUAAGAACGGUAUCUACCCCGGCUACUACACCUUCCGUGGACCCCUCUACCAGGAGGAUGAGAGCAUUCGUCACAGCGAGCCCGCUCUGGCCUUCCAGUUGGAGCUGAGUCGCCUGUCGAAGUUCCGCAUCAAGCCCGUCUUCACGGAGAACCGGAACAUCCACGUUUACGAGGCCAUCGGCAAGGGCCCCGAGAACGACAAGGCCGUGGACAAGCGCUACUUUGUCCGUGCUGUCGUGCGUCCGGGUCGCCUGCGUGACGAUAUUCCCACGGCUGAGUACCUGAUCUCGGAGGCCGACCGGUUGAUGAACGACAUUCUCGAUGCCCUGGAGAUCAUUGGUAACAACAACUCUGAUCUGAACCACAUCUUCAUCAACUUCUCUCCCGUGUUCAACCUGCAGCCCAAGGAUGUGGAGGAGGCCCUGGCCGGAUUCUUGGACCGCUUCGGCCGUCGUCUGUGGCGCCUGCGUGUGACUGGUGCCGAGAUCCGCAUUCUGUGCACCGACCCUGCCACCGGACUGCCCUACCCUCUCCGGGUGAUCAUCACCAACACCUACGGUUUCAUCAUCCAGGUGGAGCUGUACAUUGAGAAGAAGUCUGAGAAGGGCGAAUACAUCUUCCAGAGCAUCGGCGGCACCAACAAGCUCGGCUCCAUGCACCUGCGCCCCGUGGCCACCCCGUACCCCACCAAGGAAUGGCUCCAGCCCAAGCGUUACAAGGCCCACCUCAUGGGUACCCAGUACGUGUACGACUUCCCCGAGCUCUUCCGCCAGGCCUUCCAGAACAGCUGGACGAGCGCCGUCGCCAAGGUUCCCUCGCUGGCCGAGCGCCGUCCUCCCGUGGGCGAGUGCAUUGACUACACCGAACUUGUCCUCGACGACACCGACAACUUGGUGGAGAUCCAGAGAGGCCCCGGUACCAACACCCACGGUAUGGUGGGAUGGCUCGUGACUGCUCGCACGCCUGAGUACCCCCGUGGCCGUCGCUUCAUCAUCGUGGCCAACGAUAUCACCUUCCAGAUCGGUUCCUUCGGUCCCCUGGAGGACCGAUUCUUCAACAAGUGUACCGAAUUGGCCCGCAAGCUUGGUAUCCCUCGCAUCUACCUCUCUGCCAACUCCGGUGCCCGUAUCGGUAUGGCCGAUGAGCUGAUCCCCUACUUCUCGGUUGCUUGGAACAACCCCGAGAAGCCCGAGGCCGGAUUCAAGUACCUGUACUUGACCCCCGAGGUCAAGCAGCAGUUUGACGCCAGUCGCAAGAACGAGGUCAUCACCGAGCAGAUCUUCGACGAGGGUGAGGAGCGCCACAAGAUCACCACCGUCAUCGGUGCCAAGGACGGUCUGGGUGUCGAGUGUCUGAAGGGAUCCGGUCUCAUUGCCGGUGCCACCUCCAAGGCCUACGAAGACAUCUUCACCAUUACUUUGGUCACUUGCCGAUCCGUCGGUAUCGGUGCCUACCUGGUCCGCCUGGGCCAGCGUGCCAUCCAGGUCGAGGGCCAGCCCAUCAUCCUGACUGGUGCCCCUGCCAUCAACAAGCUGCUGGGCCGCGAGGUCUACACCUCCAACCUGCAGCUCGGUGGCACCCAGAUCAUGUACAAGAACGGUGUCUCGCACAUGACCGCCAACGAUGACUUCGAGGGUGUACAGAAGAUUGUCGAGUGGAUGGCCUUCGUCCCCGAGAGCAAGGGUAGCCCCAGCCCUGUCCGUCCCUGGUCCGACACCUGGGACCGUGACGUGGCCUACUUCCCUCCUCCUAAGCAGACCUAUGACCCCAGGUGGCUUAUCAACGGCAAGGAGGACGAGGAGGGCUUCCUGCCCGGUCUGUUCGACGCAAACUCCUUCGAGGAGGCUCUCGGUGGAUGGGCUCGCUCCGUCGUCGUUGGUCGUGCUCGCCUGGGUGGUAUCCCCAUGGGUGUCAUUGCCGUCGAGACUCGCUCUGUCGAGAACGUCACCCCUGCCGAUCCUGCCAACCCUGACUCCAUGGAGAUGAUCAGCACCGAAGCCGGUGGUGUGUGGUACCCCAACUCCGCCUACAAGACCGCCCAGGCUCUCCGUGACUUCAACAACGGUGAGCAGCUGCCCGUGAUGAUCCUUGCCAACUGGAGAGGUUUCUCUGGUGGACAGCGUGACAUGUACAACGAGGUCCUCAAGUACGGAUCGUACAUCGUUGACGCCCUGGUCAAGUACGAGCAGCCCGUCUUCGUCUACAUCCCGCCCUUCGGUGAGCUCCGUGGUGGUUCGUGGGUCGUCAUCGAUCCCACCAUCAACCCCGACCAGAUGGAGAUGUACGCCGACGAGGAUGCCCGUGGUGGUGUCCUCGAGCCCGAGGGUAUCGUCAACAUCAAGUACCGCCGCGACAAGCAGCUGGACACCAUGGCUCGUCUGGACCCCACCUACGGCGAGCUGCGUCGCUCCCUGGAGGAUACGUCCCUCAGCAAGGAGCAGCUCUCCGAGAUCAAGACCCGCAUGGCCGCCCGCGAGGAGCAGCUCCUGCCCGUCUACACACAGAUUGCCCUGCAGUUUGCUGACCUCCACGAUCGCGCCGGCCGUAUGCAGGCUAAGAACACCAUUCGCCGUCCUCUCACCUGGAAGAACGCCCGUCGCUUCUUCUACUGGCGUCUGCGCCGCCGUCUCAGCGAGGAGCACAUUGUCAAGCGCAUGAUCACCGCCGUGCCCUCUCCCGAAUACCGCGAGGGCAGCGGCGCCGUUCCCGCCGGCCCUCCCACUGGCCGCCUGACCGACACCACCGAGACGUCCCGCUCCGCGCACCUCCGUAUGCUGCGCUCGUGGACCGGCCUGCUCGACGACGAGCUGGAGAACGACGACCAGCGCGUUGCCACUUGGUUCGAGGAGAACAAGACCCUCAUCCAGGACAAGGUCGACGCGCUGCAGACCCAGCGCGUGACAUCGGAUGUUGCCCAGCUGUUGAUCAGCGACAAGGAAGGUGGCCUGAAGGGUGUCAAGCAGGUGUUGAGCAUGCUUCCUGUCGAGGAGAAGGAAGCCAUCCUCAAGCUUUUGGGAUCGUCUUAA